AUGGUAACCAAAGGUGUGCAUACUGUUAUUGAGUACCUCGCCUAUGAUUUCCCAGACAUGGAUGUGAUCGGAAUCUCUGUGAAAACGAGUGUGGCUGUCUUGGUGGAGCUCAAUAUGCUCAAGAACCUCACCGUCUCUGCUGUUGGAGGCUCUCUUGGUGGAUUAAAUGCUCACACCAGCAACAUAAUGUUUGAUGAAUUCAUGGCUACUUGCCAAGUUCCUGCUCAAAACAUGGAGAGCUCACAAUGCAUCACAAUGGUGGUAGCCAUUAAUGGUAAAGAUAUACAUAUCUCUAUCACUACACCAUCUAUUGAGGUAAUUGAUUAA